CUGCUGCUGCUGCUGUGCUGCCCCCUCGGCCACUCCGCGGCCGCCCUGCCAUUGUCGGCGGUUGGCGCGCAGAGCAGUCGGGCGUGGUCGUGCGCACAGCUUGUCGCCUUGUGCGUACGAACGAAGCCGCUCGGCCCAGCCUUCCCAUUGCCUUAGCUGGCCAAGGCUGGGAGGAGGCGGAGGCGGCGCUCCUCGGCAACCGAGAAGCCUUUAAAAGCGCCGCGCGCUUCAUGGUAGCCUCGCUUGGUGGCGGGCGGGUGCUGGUCAGGCAAGGCUGCUCGUAGCGUCUGGAGCGCAGCGCUUCUCUCCUGGCUGGUUGUGGUUGCUGCCGGCUCUCCGGUCGGCGAUUUGGACGCGAUCAUUGCCUGCAGCCGCUGCUGCUGCUGCAGCCGCCGCCAACCGGAUUCCCUGUUUCGAAGAGGGGGCGAGGGGAGUCUUCUUCCCCCAUGCGGUUGUCCAUCAUGUCUCAGAACUACCUGCUAGCGCCGAUCCAGGAGUGUCCCUCUGAUUACCUCGUAAAGGACAUUAAGCUGGCUGUGCUUGGAAUAGGGGGCGUGGGGAAAAGCGCGAUGAUUGUACGGUACCUAACCAGGAGGUUUAUUGGAGACUAUGAACCCAACACAGGGAAUCUGUAUUCAAGACUUGUUCCUGUAGAGGGUGACCAAAUUUUCUUGCAAAUUCAAGACACUCCAGGAUGCAUUGAGGUACAAGAAGACAUUGCACAGAUGUUGGAUUCACUUACCAGAUGUCUCAAAUGGGCAGAUGGCUUUCUCUUGGUCUAUUCCAUUACAGACUACCACAGCUAUCAGUCCAUCCGUCCCCUUUAUCAACACAUCCGGAAGAUCCGUCCAGACUCUAAGAUCCCUCUUGUCAUUGUAGGCAACAAAGGUGACCUGACCCAUUCCAGGCAGGUAGCGACAAGUGAUGGCCUACAGCUGGCCAACGAACUGGGCAGUGUGUUUCUAGAAAUCUCCACUAGUGAUAGUUACCAAGGCGUUUGCGAUGUAUUUCAGUAUCUUUGCAAAGAAGUUGGUAAAUUGCACAUUUGCAGCAGUGGAGAGAAAAGAAGAUCUUCUAUCAUUCCUCGGCCCAAAUCUCCAAAUAUGCAGGAUCUCAAGAGACGUUUCAAACAGGCUUUGUCAUACAAAGUCAAAUGAACUUCAGGCUUGAGGUGCCUUGCCCUUAAAGAGACUAUUUUAUAAAUGUUAUUUAUAAAAUUUAUGAGAAUAUUUUAUUUUUGUAUUGAUGCACAUGUAAUUAGCAUUUGAAUGUAAAUACUUUUGUUGCAUUCAACGUUUGUAUUACAACAACAAAACCCCCAAAACUCUGGAUUGCAACAGAAUGCAAUUGAUUGCAUUAGUAGCUUGAGAAAGAAACUGAACCCAAAAUCUGGCCGUUAUUUGACGGCGAUUUGUUGUUUAACUCAGGGCAAGUUAUGUAAAAGUAUCUGGAUUUCAACUUGGACAAACUCUAGUGGUAAUAAAGUACCUUAAAUCCUAGUUCUUUAGUUUAACUGGACUGUGCAUAGGGCUGCCUCUCUCUCUCUCUCUGCCUUACACCCCAUUCCAAAAGACAUUUGAGUCCUACAGAUCGUGGCUGAACUUACCUCUCAGAAUGCCAGAAUGUGAAUAUGGACUAGAAAUUGCUUUGACUAAUUUUGUAAAAUGCUGGGAGAACCUUUGAUGAUGUUUUAUAAAGUUGCAAAAUGUAACUAUUAAAGAAAAAGUCAUUAAAAAGUUGAGUCACCUUUUUCCUCCUAAAAAAAUAAGACAUUCACCAAAACGGUGUCAU